UCUUCGUGAGUUUGACGAAGAUGACAAUUUUAUGACGCCUCCGUAAAUAUUUUUUACUUUUUGUAAACUUGUUCCGAUGAUCCAAAAUGUAUGAAAAAAUAUCGAAUCAUUCUUAGUUCAUUUUUGACUUCAUCAGAGAAGACACUUCAUGUUUUAUAUUAGAAGUUAGAAAUAUAAAUCAAAAUGAUAGCAUUUACUAUAGUAAUAUUAUUUAUUUGCUAUGUAAAUACUGCCAAGUCAUCUUAUUGUUACUGGAAUACAGGAUGCCCUUAUAAGUAUUUAUCUACAGAAACUCCAUAUAGUUCUGUACGAGGAGACAUUCGAGACUCGAUUGUCAAAUUAACAGGGUGUGAACCAGUCAGCCUAUGGGGUAUAUAUAGACACGGGAAGAGACAACCGAGCACUCAUUUCGGGAGAAUGAUGAAAGAAGCUAUAUCCAUUAGGAAUUAUGUUGUAUCGAGCUAUGAAAAGGGUCACAGUUCGCUUUGUGCCCAGGACGUUGAGAAUUUGCGGAACUGGGAAUUCAAUGGCAGUUUUUUCGACGGUAAACAAGACAUAACGGAAGAAGGUCGAAGAGAAAUGAUCGGUCUCGGUAAACGUUUGAAAGAAGCGUUUCCGACGUUAUUAAAUAAUCUCGAAAAGGAUAGUUACACGUUUCGAUCCGCUAGAGGCCCUUGGAUUGAAAAGAGCAUUAACCACUUCGUUAUGGGCUUAGGAAAUGGAAACUUAAUCAUUGAUGCUUCCAAAGCUGACCUUGAUAUAAUGGAUCCAUACGCUACAUGUUCAUCUUACCAGAAGAAUGUCCAAAACAAUCCUGAAAUCUUUGCAGAAGCUGACAAAUUUCUAAAUACAUCAGAUUACUUGGCGACAAAAGACCGAAUUCAACGGAGAAGCGGAAUAGAUUACACCCUCAGUGAUGAAAAUGUUACAGCAUUAUAUGACUUAUGUCGUUAUACGUGGUCCGCCAUCGACGAUAAACUUAGUCCCUGGUGUGCACUUUUUACCAAGGAUGAUUUACAAGUCCUCGAAUACAUCCAAGAUUUAAGACAUUAUUACAAAAAUGGUUAUGGAACAUCGGUGAAUGAAAUAUUUGGAAGAAUCCCGUUAGGAGAUUUGGUACAAAGUUUUGAAAAUGUUAAACGAGGCGAUGGCAAGAAGAUCGUUGCUUAUGUCACUCAUGCUACCAUGUUGGAUCAGAUAUACACAGCGUUAGGGCUUUUUAGAGAUAAUGAGCCAUUGACCGGUUCGAACAGAGAUCGUGAAAGAAAAUGGAGGACGAGUAAGAUUUCGGUGUUUUCGGCUAAUUUAGUAGCAGUCUUAAACCGAUGUGUAAAAGAGGGCUUAUCGGAUUACAACGUUGUGUUCUACUUAAACGAAGAGCCGAUGAGAUCGAUAUGUGAGGAGGGCGUUUGUUCCUGGCGAGAGUUCGACUCCAAAUUGCGACCAUUUAUUAACACAACUAUCGACUUUUGCUAGAUUCAGAAUUAACCUUAUUAAUCUACGAACAAAAGCUCGUUAGAAACUGAAACAAGUUCUAUCUAUCAUGUAAUCUUACUUCUUAAAUAU